AUGGCCGACGAGAUCCGCCGCUCAGGCCGCGCCACAAAGGGCCAACACACCAAAGACCGCGACCUCGACAGCGCUCCCGUCCCCAAACGCGCCGGCAAAGCCCAGUCCAAAAAGGCCGCCAAGGCGAAGGAGCCCGAGCCCGAGGAAGAGAAUGCCGAGGACGCCAUCAUACGCUGCAUCUGCGGCUCCGACGACGAUGACGAGGGCGGCCGCAUGAUGAUCUGCUGCGAUAACUGCGACGCGUGGCAACACAAUGACUGCAUGGGCUUGUCGGAGAAGGAAGAGGACCAACCGGACGGUUAUCUCUGCGAGCAGUGCAAUCCUGACAACCACCGAGAGACUGUGGACGCCCUGGAGAAGGGCAUUAAGAUUUGGGAGGUCAGGUUAGAAGAGAAGAGGAACCGGUCGAAAAAGCCCAAGAAGGGCACCAAGAAGUCGCGCAAGAGCGAAGUAAAGUCGGUAGUGACCGAGGAGACAGUGAGCCCUAAAGCUCAAGUGUCGAGCCCCGCUCCUCCGUCAUCGCAAAGCGCCAGCAAGCAAGAGCCGGAAGAGAAGGCCGCAAAUGGCAACACCGAGCAGAUCCUCAGCCCGACCGCAGUGGCGGUGGGUGAGAAGAGACGCAACGAAGCCGGCGCGGAUUCAGUACCAAAGCGGCGCAAAUCAAGCGCGCCGAAGAAAUCUGAGCCUCCGACGCCCGAGGUCCCGGAAGUGUCGAAGCCGGAAACCAUCGAUGACUUACCUAGUGACCGCAAGCGCGUGGCAAGCAAACUCCAAAACGAUUUGACCCGACUCAUCGCCGAUUCCUCAAAACACGAAUAUGAAGUACCAGAGGGACAGACUGCGGAGUCUCUCAGCGCCAAGCAUGCCUUGGAUAUUGAGGGCAGCUUGACGCAGCACUAUGGCAGCACCACCAGUUACGCACCUCAAUUCAGGAGCAUCUCCGCCAACAUAGGCAGAAACCCCAAGCUCUUGACUCACCUAUUGAAUGGCACUCUGUCUGCAGAAGAGCUGGCCCGCAUGGACCCCAACGAAAUGGCCAGCGACGAGCAAAAGCGUAAAGACGCGUUGCUUAAGGAGCAGGUAGAGAAGCAGUCCGUUUUGGUCAACGAGGAAGGUCCUCGAUACCGUAAAACCCAUAAGGGCGAAGAAGUUAUUGACGAUGCCCACGAACGCUACAACGAAAACACGUACAUCCCUCCACCAGUCGAACGCCGCGAGAGUCAGCUGGAGAAAGAGCGGUCUGCCAGCCCCCGAGAAGGCGGCAGCCCCAUGCAGGUCGAGUUACCCGAAGACGUCGGUACCCGGCAGCCCCUGCAUGUCGACACCGAUGCGCCAAGGAGGUCAUCUUCAAACUUCAACCUCGACAGCGUGUGGUCAAAGGUCCACUCACCCGAUGAGAACCAACAACGCCAGCAAAAGCACCGCCGUCAAAGCUCGGUGCAACAGCAACAACAGCAGCAGGCGUCCGGUCCCGGUGUAGACCCAGAUAUCGACCGCCUGUUAGAAAACGACGACAACGACGCCGCGCCCUACUCGCCUGCCAUUGGCAACGACCACGACAUCCGGUGGCGAGGCGAGCUCGAGAUGCCGCAGAUCGGUGGCUUCCGCGCCGUUGCCCGCUACGCCGGCGGCGGUGAUGUAGGUGUGCUGAUACCCUACGACCAACUAGUGCCGCAGCCCACCCAGAUCAACGGGCGGAUCGAGGUUGCGCGAACGGAAGAGUACAUUGCGGGGAUGCGCGCAAGUCAGAUGCACGAUGUGGUGAUCCUAUCGCUACACCCCGAGAGCGCCGAGGGCAAGGCGGGCUUCGACGGCAUCUUCAACUACUUCUUCCCGCGCAACCGGUGGGGUGUGAUCGGCGCUGGGCGGCGGCACGAGCGCGUCCGCGACGUCUACGUCAUCCCCAUAGCGGCGGGGGCGGGCACGCUGCCCGCGUGCAUCGAGCUGCUCGACCAUGUCAACAUCGAAGUGCCGCGCCCAGACAACAUGCUCCUGCUGAUGCUGGUGGUACGGACGGGCGACGACCCGCGCUCCGCGCAAGGCACGCCACGGCAAGCCGAGCUCCCGACGGGCGGGUUCGGUGGCAGCAGCGGAGGAGGAGGAGGCGCGCCAGGCGCCCCGCCCAUGGUGCCCGGGCAAGGGACGGCGCAGCCGCAGCCGCCAACGCCGCAGAUGCCCACGCCCAUCGCCAGCCAGCCCGGCGGCGGGUACCACCUCCCGACCGCGCACGCGGCAUCGCCCAUCAACGCGCUGCCGCCGUUCAGCUCGCCGCAGAUGGUGCCGCAGCCGCAGCCGCAGCCACAGCCACAGCACUCGCUGCCGGCGCCCUUCCACCCCGCCAUGCUCCCCGCGCUGCAGCCGCACCCCGAGCAGCGCAACGUGUCGCCGCCGCGGCCGCUGCCGCAGCACGCGCUGCCGACAGCCUAUGGCCACGCGCAUUCCCCGAUCGCGGCGGCCGCCGCCGCUGCACCGGUUUCGCCGGCGCUGCAGGAACUCGCGGCGCGCAUUCUUGGCCCGUUUGUUGCGAGCCCCGUCGUUCAGACUUUGCUGUCCUAUGCGGGCGAGAGCAUGAAGGAGGAGAGUCUGGUCGGGCUGAAGACGGUGCUGGAUGUGGUGCCUGCGGCGAGAGAGAACUGGGAGGUUUUGAUUAAGGAACUGAAUCGGGGCGGGUAA